AUAUGUGCAGCAGACGACGAAUUCCCCAGUCGAUAUGAGGGUGGGAAUCCAUACGGGGGCGGUUCUCGCCGGAGUUUUGGGCCAGAGGCAGUGGCAAUUCGACGUCUACUCGAAGGACGUGGAGCUGGCCAACAAAAUGGAGAGCAGCGGAUUAGCCGGGAGAGUGCAUAUAUCAGCUACAACUCUUUCGUUCCUGAGUGGAGAAUUCGAAGUGGAGCCGGCUUAUGGUGAAAAACGAGAAGAAUCCUUGAGAAUUGCCGGCCUGAAGACGUAUUUCAUCGUUAGCGUCUUAAAACCGUUUCAAUCGGAUGUGAAGCUGGAGGUGCAGAACGGAGCUGGAGUCCUUCACGAGGAAGACAGCUGCGUGAUCAACGACUCAGUUUCUGAUGGAACAGCGGGAAAAUGCGAGGAAACGCAAAACGGAAACCAAUUGGUCGCGAUGAGAUCCCGACAGGAUUCCGAAGACUUCAAGAUGAGACUCAGGAAGGAACUGGUGAAUCGCGACGGACACAGGGAACUGCACAAAAGCACGAAUUUCUGCACACUAUCAUUCAGGAAUCAGGAUCUGGAGACGGCCUAUCUGCAUCACAUCGAGAGCGUUUCCAGUAUAACUCUUCUGAUGUUCUUAAUUGUGAGAUUGACAAUCGGCAUAUCGCAUUUCUUCGUGCUUCCAAGGUUAACUCGGAAACUACUGAGCCUGAUGACAUUCGCGUGCGGCAACAUCAUCCUGAUGACGAUGAGUUUGAUCGCAUUCUCAGAAAUCGUCCCAAUGAGGAUUUUCUCGUGCUUCAAGAAGUGUUGCCGAUGCAUCAACAAGUCCAUGUGGAUGAGAAGGAUAUUGGCUACAACUUGCAUAGUCGUUUUAGCAACAGUCAACAUCAUAGACACAUUUGCCUGCACUCCUUCCACACCAAACUUGAGGAAUUGCUCUUUGGUGGAGGAGACGAAUCAAGCGUGCAUGUAUCCAUCGUACUUCAGCUAUUUCGCUGUACUUAUCCUAGUGACUGCAGCUCUUCCAGCAUCACUUUCGUACACCUACAAAUCAGCUUUGAUGAUUUUAAUCACUUUAGUGCAUUGUUUCAUCAACAUCCAAGUGCUUGGUCCUGUCUUGGACUGCGAAGAAUCCCGAAAACACUUCUCCAGUUUAACCAAAGGGAAAUACACUUUAUCCAUUCUACUACUAACAGCUACUUUCGCUCUUUCUUUCCUGGCAAGACACAUGGAGCAAGUUGCAAGAGUCCUGUUUCUCUGGAGGAACGAGAUCGAGGAGCAAAGAGUUUGCGCCACGGAUAUGCGUAGGAGGAACGAGGCUUUAGUCUACAACAUCCUUCCACCUCACGUCGCCGAGCACUUCCUUGGGAAUAGGAAGAGGCAGCACGAUGAGCUCUACUCUCAGAGUUACGCCGAAGUCGGAGUACUUUUCGCUUCGAUGCCCAACUUUUCAGAUUUUUACUCGGAGGAGACUGUGAAUAAUCAGGGAUUGGAGUGUUUGAGAUUCCUGAACGAAGUUAUAUCGGAUUUCGAUGCGUUGUUGGAAUUGCCUCAGUUUCAAGAUAUCAUCAAAAUCAAGACGAUCGGAUCCACUUAUAUGGCAGCGAGCGGUCUAAAUCCGACGAGAAGAGUCCGGUCGGAUGAUCCAAUCACUAUGCGUUGGGCACAUUUAGCUCUUCUGGUAGAAUUCGCUCUUGAGCUGAAGAAUGCAUUACAGAGCAUCAACGAGCAGAGCUUCAAUCAUUUCGUACUGAAAUUGGGUAUAAAUCAUGGCCCGAUCACGGCUGGAGUGAUUGGGGCGAGAAAACCGCACUACGAUAUUUGGGGAAACACCGUGAACGUUGCGUCAAGAAUGGAAAGCACCGGAAAAGUCGGUUGCAUUCAGGUCACUGAGGAAACCUGCCAAAUCCUGCAGAGCUUCGGUUACCAGUUCGAGCAGAGAGGUCUGGUCGCGGUGAAGGGUAAAGGUCAACUCAUGACCUACUACUUGCUGGGAAAAGCAGGGAAAAUCACGCCACCUACAGUUCCUGUUUCACCCAUCAUGGGAGGACACUCGAUCGUAGUGACGGCGGCUGAAGAGGACGAAUCGCACGACGAUAAAACGGAUAAAACUAUCGUAGAAUGUCCUGAUUCUAGAAGCGAUUGUUUCACGGAUAGCGAAGGACCUCCUCCGCUUACAGUCGAAGAGACUUGCAGUCGCGAUUUAACCGAAAACACUCUUCUACUCAGCGAGAACUAAUCCAUAUCAUUUCUAUUGGAAGAAAGGCCUAAGAACCUUAACCCAUUCACAUCAUCAACUUUAAUUACAUUUUUUUUUAGAUCAUAUGUUUAUGUACUUGCAAAGCAAGCCACGUGUGUAUUAUAUAGAAAACAAAAUUAAUAUAUAAAUAUAGUUGGAAUUGUAAAUAAUGUGUUUAGAGGCUUAAAAAUAGUAAACUAAAACAUAAAAUAAACGAAGAUUAGCUUCGUUCACUCUUAUUUAAGUUUACGAGAAAACAUAGCUGGCUAUAAUAAUAAACAAAAGAAGAAUUAAAAAAAAAAACAAAAAUUAAGUAAACAGAAGAACAAAUCUAGGGUAAAUCGAUCUUUAGUUGAUAGCUUAAGUACAAAUCCUUUGUUUCUCACUCAACUUACGUUCCUAUUUUCAGAAGUACUGUGUGUUUUUUUUUUCUUUUCCUCUGUAAUUAAUUUCGUUUGUUUUGUGCAUCGUAGCAAGAGCAACACCGAUGGGAACAAAUUUUAGUUGUUAGUGAAGAUGUGCAACGUUUUAUGAAUUUCUUUACUUUAUUUUCCAGAGAAGCUUUAAUUAACUCUUUAAGACGACGUGGAUUGUAAACUGUUAGUGAAAUCUUAUAUACAAAUAUAUAUAUAUAUAUAUUACUAUUAAAUGAUA